UUUCUUUUUUUCUUUUUUUCUUUUUUAUAUAAAUUUUUUUACUUUCCUCGUACAACAACACUUUCUCUGCGCAUAAUUGUACGGCAUUUUCUUUUUCACCCAUCUUUAAAGAUAUAUGCAUAGACAGCUUUGGAUUGGAUUGGGUUGGAACCUUAAAAAUUAAGCUAAAUGUUAUCUUCUGAGCUGAGAAACUGAAGUGGGUAUGUUGUUGGAAUCCAUAAUUUUUGGCAAGUAUAAUAUUGUAUAACAGAGAUGAUGGGAAUGGGAAGUAAAGGCCAGAAGGCAGAAGAGCCCAACAAAGGUCAAGGCCUGAUAGAUUUGGUUUUUUCUUGGUCUCUUGCUGAUGUACUCAACAAAGAUCUUUACAAGGGCAAGGUUAAUUUAAUUCCAAAGACAUUUUCAUCGACAAAAGAUUACAUGAAGUCAUUUAUCUACCCCCUUAUUGAGGAAACGCAUGCUGAUUUAUUCUCAAGCAUAGAGAUGGUGGCUCGUGCACCUACUCGUGAAAUAUUGAUGGUUGAACCAACCAAAGGCUUUCCUAAAAUCUUGCGCUACAAUAUCAUAUUAGAAAGAAUGGAGGACACUGCAAAUAAUUAUGGAGGAAUGUAUGAGCCUGAGGUCGGAGAUCUCAUUGCCUUGACAGAGCUCAAACCCAAGUGUAUAGAUGAUCUUCAUAGGCCUAAAACACCUUAUCUUGUUGCUUUAGUUACAGAGACGAAUGAUGAUUCUGAUUGUUUUUGGAUACAACAAGAAGAAAACAAAGAUGAUUUUGAUGAACUUGAAAUUAAAGUACUGUCGUCGAAUCUCAUCAUGUUUGAUGCAGAUGAACUAGAGGAUCAGAACAAGAAGAGAAAACUUUUUGCUGUUUAUCUGACAAACAUGAUUACUAAUAUUCGUAUAUGGACGGCAUUGCACUCGGAGGGGAACAUGAACAUCAUUAAAAGAGUACUGCAAACUGAUUCUACUAUUGGGACCGAUUGUAUUCACUGCUUGUCCCAAGGGAAUGACAGUGUUUCUCUAUCCAGUGUGAGGAAUGUCAUAAGGUCAUUUAAUCUGGACGAUUCCCAAAAGGCCGCUGUUCUAAGUUGUAUUGCUACAAGAGAAUGUCAUCAUCAAAAUACUGUCAAACUAAUAUGGGGUCCUCCUGGGACCGGGAAAACCAAGACAGUUGGUUCAUUAUUAUUUUCUCUAUUGAAGUUGAAAUGCAGAACACUAACCUGUGCCCCAACCAACAUUGCAGUGUUGGGAGUCACUGCACGGCUCAUGAGUUUGGUUUGGGAUGCAUUCAAGGAUGAUACUUAUGGGUUGGGAGAUAUAGUAUUGUUUGGUAAUUGGAAGCGAAUGAAGAUCGAUGAACAUGAAGACCUUCUUGAUGUAUUUCUUGAUUACCGUGUUUUUAUGCUUCUCGAAGCUUUUGCUCCAGCUACUGGGUGGAACAAAAAUUUGGAAGCAAUGAUCUGUUUACUUGAAGGCCCCGAAGAGCAGUACCGUUUGUAUUUGGAAAAUUGGGAAAAAGAAAAAAAGAAAAAUGGUGAGGAGACAGAGGAGACAAAUUUUGGAGAUAGGACUGUGAAAAGCAAUCAAGACGAAGAGGAUGAUAUUCAUGAUCAAGAAGACUUGAAACCAAUGGAUGAAAGCGCAUUUUGGAGGAAGAAAAUUGUUCAAACCUUGAAGGAAAACAAGAACAAGAAAAAACAGAAGAAAAAGAAGCCUUCUAAAAGAAAAAGCCAAUCGAAGAGUGAUAAAACAGAGGAGGAAAACAGAGGAGAAAGGGUGGACAAGUGUGAAAAACUCAAGACAUUUGAGAAGUUCUUCAUGGAUAAAUUUAAAUCCAUUGGAAAUGAUCUCAUCUUUUUGAUUCCAAUCUUGUACACCCACAUGCCAACUUCUAUCAUUUCAUUGGAAGUAGCAAUAAAGAUGAUUAGAGCUCUUGAUCUGCUAAAAUCAUUUCGAACUUUGCUGCGCACUGAUGUUGCUGCAAAUAAGUUUUUGAGAGAACUCAUUAAUGGAACUGCAGAUGUCGGAAACAGGAUUAAUGGAUUCAUGAAGUUGAGUUCUGUCAAGGCAGAGUGCCUUCAAGUACUCAAAUUCCUUCGUGAAACCUUUUCUGUUCUAAAUACUACUGCCAAAUAUGUAAUUCGAAGUUUUUGCUUGCAAAAUGCGUGCUUGAUAUUCUGCACUGCUUCAAGCUCUGCUAAGUUGUGUACACAAGAAAAAAACCCAUUGGAACUGUUGGUGAUUGAUGAAGCUGCUCAGCUCAAAGAAUGUGAAUCCACUAUUCCAUUACAGCUCUCUGGUAUCCGUCAUGCUAUACUCAUUGGCGAUGAACGACAACUUCCUGCAAUGGUUCAAAGCAAGAUAUGCCAGAAUGUUGAAUUUGGAAGAAGCUUAUUUGAGAGGCUGGUGUUAUUAGGGCAUAAAAGGCAUCUUCUUAGUAUCCAAUACAGAAUGCAUCCAUCAAUAAGCAUGUUUCCGAAUAGGGAAUUCUAUGACAAUAUGAUUUCUGAUGGUCCGAAUGUCAAAGAGAGAACCUACGAGAGGCGUUUUCUUCAAGGAAGUAUGUAUGGUUCUUAUUCCUUCAUAAAUGUAAGCUACGGCCAAGAGGACUUUGAUAACAGACAUAGCACGAAAAACAUGGUGGAGGUAGCUGUGGCCGCCGAUAUUGUUGCAAGACUCUUUAAAGAAUCUAAGGCGUCAAAACAGAAGGUUAGGAUUGGUUGCAUAUCACCAUACAAGGCUCAAGUAUUUGCACUUGAACAAAAAUUUGGAAAAACAUACAUCACAGACGCAAACAGUCACUUUUCUGUAAGUGUUCGAUCUGUUGAUGGGUUUCAAGGUGGUGAGGAAGAUGUCAUAAUUAUCUCUACUGUGCGAUGCAAUGUGCGUGGAUCAGUGGGCUUUCUUUCCAAUCGUCAAAGAGCUAAUGUGGCUCUCACUCGAGCAAGGCAUUGCCUUUGGAUUUUGGGGAAUGGUGCUACUUUGAUUAAUAGCGGCAGUGUGUGGAAAAAAUUAGUUGUAGAUGCCAAGGCUCGUGGUUGUUUUUAUGAUGCGAAUGAUGACAAGAACUUAGCUCAAGCUGUUGGAGGUGCCUUAGUUGAGCUUAACCAACUUGAUACAUUACUCAAGCCUGGUUCUUUUCUGUUUAGUAAUACAAGGUGGAAGGUUCGCUUUGGCAAUGAUUUUAGGAAAUCCAUGACUAGAAUCAAGAACAUAGAGAUUCGUAAGAAAGUGCUUUCUCUCUUACAAAAUCUUUUGAGUGGCUUGCAUCAGAAUCAGAAGAACAAAGUUCUGAACAUGAAUGGGACUUCUUCUCAACUGUUGGAGGUGCACAAGGUCAAUAAAUUUCUGAAUCUCAUAUGGAGCAUAGACAUUGUUAGGGAACAUUCAACAGACAUCCAGGUUAUAAAGGUUUGGGACAUUUUGCCAUUGGCCAAGAUACCUAAAAUAGCAGAGCAUUUCGAAGCCGUAUUUGGGAAUUAUACAGUUGACAAGAUGAACCACUGCAAAUGCAGAAGACUCGAAGGGAAUUUAGCGGUUCCAGCAACAUGGCCAGCCAACUCAAGUUCUGGUACAAAGGCUUAUCUGGCUGGUGCUGAUCAUGUUCAGUUUUUACAAAGCCCAGUAGCUUCACUAAGUCUAAAGGAUACACCUGCAGGAUCAUCAUGGAGUAGUCCAAAAUGGAGAGUGAAGCAGUAGAAGCCAUUGGAAUGAAGUGGCGGCAAAGUCAUGCAACAAAGUAUAGUGCAUAGCAAUAUUUGGUUUCAUGGGAACAUCCAAAGGGUCAAUUAGACGAAAAAGAUUGCUAGAGAGUGAAUUGUAAAAAUUGUUUUGUGGCCUUAUCCUGGUGUAAGAAUUCUUGAUUCAAGAAUUCUAUUCUUGAACUGGCUCUUGAUUGAUUUUUCUAUUCUUGAUUGACCAGUUCUUGAAUUCACCACUUGAGUCUUUGAUUGUUCUUGGUGAAUUCCUGUUGUUCUUAAUUGAUUUUUUGUAUUAAUUGAUGUGAUAAAUUUAUUAGAA